AUGAACGACUCGAAGGAUUUCACCAUCGAUAUUGGGGAAGUACCUCCCUACUUAUCGGAUGAGAAUCCAGCCGCAAGGACGAGUAUCCUACCAGGGAGUAUGACUGAGAGUGCAUCAGCAUUCAUCUCAGAGUGGACGCCAUUCAGCUUGGUUGCCUCAUACUUUAUCUUUUCUACAUGUCUCUACAUGUACUGCAGCGAAGGCUUGAUUGCCAUCUUCUGGUUCAUCUAUAUGUGCACCAAUUUCUACAUUGCUGGGGCGACCGUGCUGGAGGCCUUCAUGAGCAUCACACCUUGUCGUGAGGGAAGGAAGAUUGUCACUCAAGCAGAAGAGAAGGGGUGGCUUUUUCCAACACCACACGACCAACUUCUUGUUCUCGAUCUACUCAUCGUGGCUUAUCUCCCCAACGAAAAGGAUAUCAUUAUGGACCGUGCCUUGUAUGCUCUAGAACAGAUCGACUAUCCAAGAGACAAGAUUCGAAUCACCAUUCUAUACAACACUCCUAAGUCGAUUGAGCCACUUGAGACGGAAUUGCACCAACUCAUGGACAAAUACGCCCACGCACGAGUUAUUAAAGUCCCAAACUCCACAUCUAAAGCGGAUAAUCUCAACUACUUCUUCUCUCUUGAGACCGAUUCAGACCUCAUCGCCAUCUACGAUUGUGACCACUACCCACACCCUAAUGGGCCUCGGUGGGCUGUGGAACGAUUCACUGCCGACCCAGACAUCGAUAUAGUUCAAGGCAGAUGCGUGAUUUUUAACACCGAGGACAGCUUCUUGACCAGUAUGAUCGCGGUUGAGUUCGAUAAGAUUUACGCUGUCUCCCACCCAGGCCGGGCCAAGAUGUGGGGUUUCGGGCUUUUUUGUGGCUCUAAUGGAUACUGGAGAACAUCACUACUUCGGGAGUUGAAGAUGGACGGUGAUAUGCUCACGGAGGACAUCGACUCUGCACUUCGCGCAUUCUCCCGAGGAUCAAACGCAGUCCAUGACUUGAACGUCACCUCGUAUGAGCUCGCGCCAACGACAUUUCCAGCUUUCUGGAAGCAACGGCUACGAUGGGCGCAAGGGUGGGCACAAGCGAGUAUGAAGCACGUUAAAAUGGUCUACAAUAAACCCAACGAUCCUCUUCAUCCCAAUUACAACCGCAACUUUACGGCUCGGUUCGGAGUGCUCUCUCUUCUUCUCAUCCGCGAGGCUAGCUACUAUCUUGUUACACAAUACACCUGCCUUGUCCUCAGCUUCGUCAUUACCAAAUUCCCCACUUCUGGCGAAGAGCUUUGGAAGCUCGUUUAUUUUCAGUACCCGGUUUCACAGUGGCUUUUCAUCAUAAGCAUCAUCUGCCUUAUUGCGACAUUGUGGAUCACGAACCAAGUAAAGUCUGAGUUCGUGUCGAGAUGGAUGAUCAUCGUCUUCUCCAUCCAGUACCCGCUUUAUCUCGUGCUAUCAGCCACCAUCGGAUUGUAUGGACAUGCUAGGCAGGUGGUUCGGUACAGUUCAUGGAACCCGACCGCACGAAAUUGAUGGAUUCCUU